AUGGCAGUGUCGGUAAUUUCAAGCGGUUCCUGUACACCGUCCAUUCUCAAAGUAGCUGGUAAUAGAAGCCGUGCUGUGCAGCAGCGCGUUCGCUUUCAGUUGCCCAAUGACCUGAGGGCUAUUUUGCUGGAUUUCAUCAACGAAAAGAGUUUGAAACCAUAUGAAGAAUUAGUUUGCAUUCUUAAAGAUUCAGAAAUUCAGGAUGAAGAUCUUUGUGAAUUGCUUCGUAAAUCAAGAGACUGCAUAUCUUUAUUGAAACAGGAUCUUCGUCAUUUUGUUGAAGCUAUACUUAACUUGAAAUGGGUGCACAGAACAGACAAAGCUGUCAGAGAAUUCCAGGGCUUUGUCUUGGAUCUGCUAUCUGCACAUACAUAUUACACAAAGUAUACGCUAGAUAAACUUGUUACUUCUUUCAAACCAGAUGAUGACAAUGAGUGGGUUAACAGUAUACCACCUGAGAAAGACAAAAGGAGCUUCAUGAAAAUCCAUGAUCUGAUAUCAGUCAUUCUGCAAGUUAUCCCUAUGUCAUCAGCUUUGUUAGUAAAAACAAUUAGGCAUCACUUUCCAUAUCUAAAGCGAAGUGCUCAUGAACAUGAGUGCUACAUUUAUAAUAUUCUCAAGGUUUUUGACUAUCAACCAGAUCUACGGACAGAUCUUCUUCUACUCGUUGCCAGCAGGUUGACAAUUUUGGAUGUAAAUGCACCAAAAGCAGCUAUAGAAGAAUUAGAAGAAGAGAAUGAACUCGAAAUUGACAUGGAUGACCAAGACGUAUUCGCUAUGGAUGAUAGUGAAGCCCAUGAAGAUCACAUGGCAAUUAAACCUCAAUCACCGCACAGAAUGAAACAUCCUAUCGCAAAUACAUUAGAUAUUAUAAUGGAGCGUUUAUUUCAGUACAUGCACACUGAAUGCCAUGAACUAAAAGACCCAACACUCCUGAAUUGGGACCGAACAAAAAAACUUUAUCAUGAAAUGUUGACAGUAUUUGACAAAAUGAUACUUCCAACUUACGCGUGUCAUCAUAUACAGUUUCUCAUGUUCUAUCUCUGCAGUUUCAAACAGGCAUUAGCCGAGUCUUUUCUUAAUUACCUGUGGCAAAAAGUUUGUUCUCCAAAUGUUGCACCAGUGAUUCGUCAGACAGCUGUCUUGUAUAUAUCCAGCCUACUGGCACGAGCUACGUACAUCCCGGUGUCGGUUCUGAAGAAUAGAAUCUCUGAUAUGGCUGUAUGGAUACAUAAUUAUAUAUCCAGUCAAGAUGGCCUGGAAAGUGUGAAUUCUGAUGUGCGUGUGCACACUGUAUUUUAUGCAAUUUGCCAAGCAUUUUUCUACAUCAUUGCCUUCAGGCAUAAGGACCUAGUAAACACAAAAUCAAAUUUGGUGUUCCUGCAGAGUCUGAACUUAACAAAGAUAGUAACAUGUCGGCUAAAUCCAUUGAAGGUGUGUCUUCCAGCUGUAGUGCAGAACUUUGCAGCAGUUACCAGAGCUUAUCAGCUUGCAUACUGCUACACCAUAAUAGAACAUAAUACGAGGAAUACCAUGCCAGUUGCACAACAAGAUGGACAUAUUGUGAAAGACAAGUCAGAGUUAGUUCUUCUGAACACGUUCUUCCCAUUUGAUCCUUACAUACUUUACAGAUCUGGAUGUGCCAUAACUCCAAUUUAUCGAGAGUACCAGGGUUCUGUAAGCAGUGAAGACAGUUACGAUAUGUCCCAUGAAGACAAGCAUCUUGACGAAUUUGAAGAAGACGACGACUUCUUGUCAGGCAGUAGUUUCGUGCCAAGCCCAGUUACCUAUCCAGAACUUUUCUCUUAUGGAUCAUCACCAGGAUUUAAGCACAUGUAG